AUGUCGUCUAGUGUGAAGCAUCCCUGCCUAUGGCUGGGGGGGUUGGAACUAGAUGAUCUUAAGGUCCUUUCCAACCCAAACUAUUCUAUGAUCCUAUUGCACUGGUAUUGCAUUAAUACAGCUGCACGCACAGAGGUAACAGUGGGAUGCACUGCAUACAGAGUGUAGUGUUCUGCAUUGUUUCCCACUGAUGUUGCAGGAUGUUGGGACCACUUUGUGGUCUUCACUCAAGCACUUCAAACUCAGCCUUCCACCAUUGCUCCUGUCAGUGGGGCUAUGCUGCUGUUAAGGCAAAAGUAGCAAAGUAUUUUUCAUGGGAGGGAAGAGUUUAGGCAAGAUUUCAGCAAGAUGAAAGGUGUGAUAAGGAGAGAUGAUAGGAUUAAUAUUUGACAUCAGUGUAACCUAAGUAUAAUCACUGUCUCUUUUACUUUGGAUAAGAGUCAUCAGGUUGGCUGGAAGAGGCUGUUGAAAACAUGUACAUAGUACCUAAACAAGACUCAUCUUCAUAAAACACCUUUAAAUGAAGGAUUGCAGAAGUGCAAUAUCUCACAUGAGACCACUGCAAGUAUGGAAAAGCAGUUUUCUAUGUCCUAUCAGCAGAGAGGCUAAUCUAGUGCUGAAAGAUAGCCAGUUAGGAAACAAUUUAAAAUUUAAAAAAGAGCUGUUCUGAUUUCAGACAGAAUGAAUGGGCUCUAAAACAGACCCCUCUGUGGUGACAGUUUCAAAGAGUAGAGGGAAAAUCUGGGUUGCAUUUAGGUUUCUAUUGCCCUCACCACAUGAGGGAAGAGGAAGUUAAGCUACGAAUCUGAGAGGCUUUCAUUUGUUGUUUUGCUGAUCUUCAACAAAGACACCCUGAUGCAAAUGCUGAUAAUCCUGUGUGAUGAUCAUAAUUUCAGUGAAACUUCUUUUAACAAUGUGUUUUGGCUGCUUAGCUACAGGUCCCAGUAAUAUAACAGUCAUCCAAACACCAACAAAAAUGCGUCUAUCAAUUGGAGACUACACUGAAAUCGCCUGUAUUUGGGAAAAAUCUGUUGUGAGAUACAGAGUAAGCUGGUAUCUUCUUAAUAAAGAGAACAUCACCACAACUAUAUCAUCAAAACUUCUGUACGUAUACAAUGACACCAGUGACAGCAAGGAUGUGCUGGUGAUAAACUCUGUCAAUAUAAAUAACACUGGAUUUUACUACUGUGAGAUAAUUAGUAAAAUACCUUUCUGUAAGAAAGUAUGUGGAAAUGGGACAACAGUGAUUGUUGAAGAGAAAGAGGCUCACUCACUGAACAAGAGAGAUUUGGCAAUACGCGCCAUCAUUCCUUUCUUAGUGGCACCAGCAAGCUUGUAUCUUUGCUACAGAAAGAAACAGAAACAGCGCUCAAAACUUCCCAGUUCUGCACUGCUUCCUGUGCCAACAGGAGGGCAUCAGGGGAAGGGAAUGCUCGAGGCUGCAGAAGUUCAGGGGAGAAGUGAAUCCACAAGUGGAACAGCUGAGGAAAACUCAGCUGAAUGGUAAGUGGUUUAUAAAAAGACUCUCACCAUGAGAGGACUUCCAAAAUGAGGCAACUGGGGAGUGGGAGUGCCCUGAGCAGGAAGGACACAUCAAGCUGC